AUGUCAUAUAACCAACCUCCCCCUGGUCCCAAACAUCAACCCUCUUCCUAUUCCUCAGGCUCAUCGGACCCAUUUAAUGGUCAUUCACUGCCUUAUGACAACGCUCCUCCUCUUCCCACCAACGCCGGCGCUUAUGGCCAUGCCGAUGCUACGACGAACCCCGGUGCCGGUGUAGCUCCUCCCGGUCAAGCGGGUCAAUAUGCUCCUUACUUUGAUACCGAAGCUGAGAUGCGGGGACGGAUGGAAGGUGGUGGACGAGGAGCAGAGACUUGGGCCAGUGAUAGCGGUUACAAUGGCUACUACCAAUCAUCUGAAUACCACGGUCAACCCGGUUACGUACCUUCUCGAGCUUCUACCCCUACUUUCACCGAAGGAAGCAGAGAUGGGCAUCGACCCAGAGAGCCUUAUCCCGCAUGGACCCAAGAGGCAAAUAUCCCCUUGUCCAAGGAAGAGAUCGAAGAUGUCUUAAUCGACUUGGCGAAUAAAUUUGGUUUCCAGAAAGACUCCUCUCGAAACGUUUACGACUUCUUGAUGAUUCAAUUAGACUCGAGAGCAUCUCGAAUGUCACCUAAUCAAGCUCUUCUCACUCUUCAUGCUGACUAUAUCGGUGGUGAACAUGCCAAUUACAGAAAGUGGUACUUUGCGUCUCAACUCGAUCUGGACGAUGCCAUCGGUGCUGUCCAAAACCCUGGUCUCUCAAGAGUCCGAUCGGUAGCAAGAAGGGGUAAGGGCGCCAAAGGAAAGACCGCUCCAGCUACUGCUCAAGAGAAAUCACUUGAUUCCGCGACAAACCGAUGGAGAACAGCUAUGAACAACAUGUCUCAAUACGAUCGACUUCGACAAGUAGCGUUGUAUCUUUUAUGUUGGGGUGAAGCGGCUCAAGUCAGAUUCAUGCCAGAAUGUCUUUGCUUCAUCUUCAAAUGCGCCGAUGAUUACUACCGAUCACCUGAAUGUCAAAAUCGAGUCGAAGCUGUGCCCGAAGGUCUCUACCUUCGAGCUGUGGUCAAGCCUCUUUACAAGUUCUUAAGAGAUCAAGGCUAUGAAGUGGUAGAUGGUCGAUUUUUGAAACGAGAGAAUGAUCAUGACAAGACUAUCGGUUAUGACGACGUCAACCAACUCUUCUGGUACCCAGAAGGUGUCAGCAGAAUUGUCCUAACGGAUAAGACCCGUCUCGUCGACAUCCCCCCUGCUCAACGAUUUAUGAAAUUCGACAGGAUCGACUGGAACAAGGUUUUCUUCAAGACCUACCUCGAGAAGCGAUCCUUCUUCCAUCUCCUUGUCAACUUUAACCGAAUCUGGGUCCUUCAUAUUUCCGUCUUCUGGUUCUACACUGCUUACAACGCACCUUCAAUCUACUCUCAGAAGGGUUCAACAAAAGCCACCACUCCUAUGGCCUGGUCCGUCACUGCUUUAGGUGGUGCCGUUGCCUCAUUGAUUAUGAUCGCCGCUACUCUUGCUGAAUUCUCUUAUAUCCCUACUACCUGGAACAACACUUCUCACCUUACCCGACGACUGAUCUUCCUCCUUAUCAUCCUCGGUAUCACCGGUGCUCCCACUAUCUACAUCGCUUUCUGGAAUCAAACAGGUCGCAUAUCAUUGAUUCUUGGUAUCGUCCAAUUUUUCGUCGCUGUCGUUGCUACCGCCGCUUUCGCCACCUUGCCCUCUGGACGAAUGUUUGGUGAUCGAGUUGCAGGCAAGUCAAGAAAAUACCUAGCCAAUCAAACGUUCACCGCUUCUUACCCUAAACUAUCAAGGAACAGCCGAGCCGCUUCUUUUUUACUCUGGUUCUUGAUUUUCGGAUGUAAAUUCACUGAAUCAUACUUCUUCUUGACGUUGUCUUUCCGUGAUCCCAUCAAAGUAAUGGUUGGAAUGAAGGUGCAAAAUUGUCACGACAAAUACCUUGGUAGUGGAUUAUGUACAAAUCAACCCGCCUUCGCUUUAACGGUCAUGUUCGUCAUGGAUUUGACCCUCUUCUUCUUGGACACUUUCCUCUGGUAUGUUAUCUGGAACACCGUCUUCUCCAUCGCAAGAAGUUUCGCUAUUGGAAUGUCAAUCUGGACUCCCUGGGCCGAUAUUUUCGCUCGAUUGCCAAAGAGAAUAUACGCAAAAGUUCUCGCCACUGCUGAUAUGGAAGUGAAAUACAAGCCAAAGGUGCUCGUCUCACAAGUUUGGAACGCCGUCAUCAUUUCCAUGUACCGGGAACAUCUCUUAUCCAUCGAGCACGUGCAAAAACUACUCUAUCAUCAAGUUCAAUCCGACCAGCCUGGCAAACGAACUCUCCGAGCCCCUGCCUUCUUCAUCUCACAAGGUGACAAGGGUGUCAAAACGGAAUUCUUCCCUAAAGGAAGUGAAGCAGAACGACGAAUCUCUUUCUUUGCUCAAUCCCUUACGACUGCCAUUCCCGAACCUAUCCCAGUCGAAGCCAUGCCAACUUUCACCGUUCUUGUCCCUCAUUACUCUGAGAAAAUCUUGCUAUCCCUUCGAGAGAUCAUCCGUGAAGAAGACCAAAACACACGAGUCACCCUUCUGGAGUAUCUCAAACAGCUUCACCCAAUCGAAUGGGACAACUUUGUGCGAGACACCAAGAUUUUGGCGGAAGAAUCAAAUAUGUUCAACGGUACCAAUCCAUUUGGCGGUGACGAAAAAGCGGAAGCUAAAAAGGCAGAUGAUAUUCCUUUCUACACCAUUGGUUUCAAAUCAGCUGCUCCUGAGUACACCUUACGAACCCGAAUUUGGGCAUCUCUUCGUGCACAAACUCUUUACCGAACGGUCUCUGGUUUCAUGAAUUACUCCAAGGCUAUCAAAUUGCUCUACCGUGUGGAGAAUCCAGAAGUAGUACAACUCUUCGGCGGAAACACAGAUCAACUUGAACGUGAACUCGAACGAAUGGCUAGACGGAAGUUCAAAUUUGUCGUUUCAAUGCAAAGAUACUCCAAAUUCAACAAAGAAGAACACGAAAACGCUGAAUUCUUGCUCCGAGCUUAUCCCGAUUUACAAAUCGCUUAUCUCGAUGAGGAACCCCCUAGGAAAGACGGUGGUGAAUCUAGAAUCUUCUCAGCUCUCGUUGAUGGUCAUUCCGAAAUAUUACCCAACGGUAGAAGAAGGCCCAAGUUCAGGAUUGAAUUACCCGGUAACCCAAUUUUAGGAGAUGGUAAAUCCGAUAACCAAAAUCAUGCUAUCGUUUUCUACCGAGGGGAAUAUCUACAACUUAUCGAUGCGAACCAAGACAAUUAUUUGGAAGAAUGUUUGAAAAUCCGAAAUGUCCUUGGUGAAUUCGAAGAGUUCAGAGUUUCAAACCAAUCGCCUUAUGCUCCCAACGGUCAUCAACAAUUCGAGAAAUUCCCAGUAGCCAUUUUAGGUGCCAGAGAAUAUAUCUUCUCCGAAAAUAUUGGUAUUUUAGGUGAUAUUGCCGCUGGUAAAGAACAGACUUUCGGUACCCUCGCUGCGAGAUCCUUGUCGUUCAUCGGUGGUAAAUUACAUUAUGGUCAUCCUGAUUUCCUCAACGCUAUCUACAUGAAUACCCGAGGUGGUGUAUCCAAGGCACAAAAAGGAUUACACUUGAACGAAGAUAUUUAUGCCGGUAUGAUGGCUUUCGGCAGAGGUGGUAGAAUCAAGCAUUCAGAGUAUUAUCAAUGUGGUAAAGGAAGAGAUUUGGGUUUCGGUACUAUCCUCAAUUUCCAAACUAAGAUCGGUACUGGUAUGGGUGAACAAAUGUUAUCACGAGAGUACUACUAUCUAGGUACCCAACUACCCAUCGACAGAUUCUUAACCUUUUAUUACGGUCAUCCCGGUUUCCAUAUCAACAACAUCCUCGUCAUGUGUUCGGUACAAGUAUUCAUGCUCGCCCUUGUCUUCCUCGGAACAUUGAACAAGCAACUCGUUGUGUGUAAAUACAGCUCUGCUGGUGAUAUCUUACCCGGUCAAAGUGGAUGUUACAACCUUCAACCUGUGUUCAAGUGGAUCAAGCGAUGUAUUAUCUCCAUCUUCAUCGUCUUCUGGGUCGCUUUCGUUCCUCUCUUCGUGCAAGAACUUACCGAACGAGGCGCUGGACGAGCUAUCCUUCGACUUUGUAAACAUUUCUUAUCCCUCUCACCGGUAUUCGAAGUGUUCUCUACGCAAAUCUACAUGCACUCGAUCUUGAACAAUUUGACAUUUGGUGGAGCGAGAUAUAUCGCUACUGGACGAGGUUUCGCAACCACCAGAAUCUCAUUCAGUAUCCUUUACUCCCGAUUCGCUGGACCAUCCAUCUACCUCGGUCUUCGAACACUGAUUCUUCUUCUUUACAUCACUCUAUCCGUCUGGGUACCACAUUUGAUCUACUUCUGGAUUACUGUAGUCAGUUUAUGUGUCGCACCGUUCCUGUUCAACCCUCAUCAAUUCUCCUACUCUGAUUUCGUCAUCGACUACCGAGAGUUCCUUCGAUGGAUGUCCCGUGGUAACUCUCGAACUCACGCCAACUCCUGGGUUGGCUAUUGUCGAUUAUCGCGAACUCGAAUCACCGGUUUCAAGCGAAAGAGACUCGGUCUUCCUUCAGAGAAGCUAUCCUCCGACGUGCCAAGAGCUCCUUGGAAGGCUAUAGUCGUCGGCGAGAUCAUUGGACCUAUUUGUCUCGCUGCGCUCUUCGUGAUCUGUUAUCUUUUCGUAAAAUCGUUUACUGUGGAUGGGAAAACUCAACCUGGUCUAUUGAGAAUCGCCAUCAUUGCUCUCGGUCCUAUCGUCUUCAACAUGGCCUUAUUGAUAACUCUUUUCUUGAUCUCCGUCUUCCUUGGUCCUUGUCUCAACUCAUACACAAAUCAAUUUGGAGCUACUAUGGCUGCCAUCGCUCAUUUCGGUGCAGUUGUCGGUAUGGUCGCAUUCUUCGAGUUUUUAUGGUUCCUCGAGUUAUGGGACACUUCCCAUGCGGUAUUAGGUAUCAUCGCCGUUAUCUCUGUCCAACGAUGUAUCUUCAAGAUCCUCAUUGCUGUAUUCUUAUCAAGAGAAUUUAAACACGACGAGACAAACCGAGCUUGGUGGACAGGUGUAUGGUUUAAUAGAGGAUUAGGAUCGCACGCUUUGUCCCAACCCGCAAGAGAAUUUAUUGUUAAAACUAUCGAAAUGGGUCUUUACUCUGCCGACUUUAUCGCCUGUCACUUGUUGCUAUUCCUCUUGACCCCGCCCAUGUUAAUACCAUACUUUGAUCGAUUACAUGCUACCAUGUUGUUCUGGUUAGCUCCAAGUCAACAGAUCAGACCACCGAUCUACAGUUUCAGACAAAGAAGUCAAAGAAGGAAGAUUGUCUUUACAUAUUCAAUCGUCUACAUCCUUAUUCAAGCUAUCUUUGUCGCUUUGAUAGUGCUUCCUUUGUUGUUCAAAGGUGUCAUCGGACUUACCCCCGAUUCAGUGCCUUUCGGUGCCGUCAUUUAA